AUUCCGGUCGAUGCUCUAGAGUUCGCCGCCGUCACUAAAUGCUCUCCCACUAAUCUUCUGACGAAGAUCAAAUUAAUCGGAAAGUUGAAGCUAAUCAAUUUCUGGUAUGGAUCGGGAAGGAGGAUCCGCAGCCGGCGCUUAUUGCUUCUACACCGUUCUCGGCGUUCGCAAUGAUGCCUCCUUCUCCGAUAUCCGCUCCGCCUACCGCAAGCUCGCACUCAAAUGGCAUCCGGACCGGUGGGCGAAGAAUCCAUCCGCCGCGGGAGAAGCAAAGCGCCGCUUCCAGAAAAUACAAGAAGCCUAUGCUGUAUUGUCUGAUAAGAAGAGGUCAAUGUACGAUGCGGGAUUUCUCGAUCUGCUCGAGGAAGACGAGGGGAUGGGUGAUUUCCUCCAUGAUCUGGUGAACAUGAUGGAGCAGAAUGUUGGGGCUGAGAAGGAGGAGAGCUUAGAGGAUUUGCAGAAGACAUUUGUGGACUUGUUCGGUGAUGAUCUGGUGGAUAUGAUAAACGAGAGCAGCUAUCCUGGCGGUGAGCAAGAUGGGUUGCGGCACCGGGAGCAACACAAAGGAGGCUAG